AUGGGGAUCCCAGGCCUGAUCCACGCAAUUGGCGCCGGAGAGCGUAUUUCCCUGUCCAAAUUGGCCAUAGGACAUUUGGAACGCAAUGCGCGACCCAUCCGUGUAGCGGUUGACAUCUCCAUUUGGCUCUUUCAGGUGCAGGCCGGCCGAGGCGGGCGAAACCCGGAAUUGCGGACUUUGUUCUACCGACUGCUCAAGAUCUUGGCCCUACCCAUCCAUCCACUUUUUGUGUACGAUGGACAGCACAAGCCGCCCUUCAAAAGAGGUCGCGUGGUCACGACGCGCAGCUACGGGAGUGCGCCCAUCAUCCGGCUGUCGAAGAUCCUGGUGGAUCUUUUUCGAUUCCCACGCCACGAUGCACCGGGGGAGGCCGAGGCCGAAUGCGCCAGGCUCCAACGGGUCGGCGUGGUGGAUGCUGUCAUGAGUAAUGACGUCGAUGCUUUGAUGUUCGGUUCGACGUUUACGGUGAUGAACUUCUCGAAAGAGAGCGGCACCGGCACGGCGGCGGCGACACACGUCACUUGCUAUCGCAUGGAUGGCACUGGAACGCCUUGCAAAGUGAUGCUUGAUCGUGCAGGCAUGAUCUUGUUCGCUAUGCUGAGUGGCGGUGAUUACCUUCCCUCUGGCGUCCCGAAAUGUGGAAGCAAAUUGGCUGGCGAAAUUGCAAGGGCCGGCUUUGGGGAGGAUCUACUGGAGAUUAUCGACUCAGAAGGCCCCGACAUGGAGGAGCGGCUGAGCGAGUGGAGAGAAAGGCUCCAAUAUGAACUUGAAGAGAACGAGAGCGGCUACUUCCAGACCAAGCACAAGGUUGUUCGAGUUCCGGAGACAUUUCCGGACAAGACUAUUCUCUCGUAUUAUGCAAAACCCAUGGUAUCGACGGACAGUGAGAUCAAAGCUCUAGAGCGACGCUUGGAGAAUGCCUGGGACCAAGAGAUCGACGCGGUUCAGCUGAGACGAUUCGCCGCCGACACUUUUGAUUGGAACUACCGUUCUGGGGCCCGGAAAGUGACCAAACUACUCGCUGAGCCUCUCGUUUGCUACAGGCUUCGCCUUGCAAAGCAGGCUUCAGCAUUCCCCGCAGGCCAUCCUAGACUUUCCAAUAGCAGCGUACCGAUGAUGCAGAAGAUCAACAAAAGUCGGGAGAGUUACAGUACCGACGGUCUGACAGAAUAUCAGCUUGACAUAGUCCCCGUCGAUGUCGUCGGCCUGGACAUCAUGGCCGACGAGCCAAAUCCUCCUUUUCCUACGCCUGAAACGGCAGCAUCAGCCGACGAGGAUGAAGAGGAGCUCGAAGCAAAUGCGGACCCUGUUCCCCAAACCACAGUCAAGAAACGUGUCACGAAACGGUACGACCCAUACGCCACGGAGAAGGUGUGGAUUUUCAGUACACUGGCAAAGAUAGGGAUUCCGGAGGUGGUGGAAAAUUGGAAGAAGGCCGAAGCGGAGAAGGCGGAGAAAGCCAACGCCCCGAAGAAGUCCACACGGAAGACGGGUCCGCGGAAGAAAGUCAUAGACCCGGGCAUGAAGCAAGGAAGCAUCUUGAAGUAUGGGUUCCUGACGAAGGAGCGCUCCGAGAUCGGAAGCGACAAGCGCCUCCAGCUCGCAAAGACCACAGACGAAUCCGGCUCUUAG